UCCUGUGCAAAAUCCUUUGAUUAUUAAGACAAAUGCUUCUUUUUCAUCAGUGGUUAAUGAGUGUGAGUAGACAACCCUGUCACCACAGCUGAUCAUCAGUUGAUCAACAGGAAGUCCAAUUAAGGAGUCUUAUCGCUGCGCGUAUGGAACGAUGCACUUUCUUACAACAUAUAAGACAAUAGAUCUCACAAGUGAAGCCAAGUGAAAACAGUGACGUUCUCUUUAAAAUCAGUAAGGCGUGUGAUAGGAAACUCCUCUAAUCUCAGUACUAUGUGGAUGAUAAUACAACAGGUUUGAAACUGGAGUUGUCUGGUGCCUGCGCAGAGAAGAGUUUGAUGGUAAAUACCAUGGGAAGGUUUCACAACCUUCUCAUUGGCUCAGAAGUCAGAGGCAACAUCAUAUAAAGCGAGUGUGCCUGAUCCAGCAGCCUUUUACCGCUGGUGAGCGUUUGGGAUCAUACUUGGACUUCAACUGACAGGAAAAUACCUUCUGUGCGCAGAGAAUCUGGAGACGAGCGAUUCAUUCUACAGAGGAGAAGAGUUCUUCAUUCAACAGACAAACUGUGAGCUGAGGCGUCUGAGUGGGCAUGUGGCUACUGGAGAAGCUCCGUAGCUCCAUGGAGAGCAGUGGGACACAAUCCCAACCCCCACAGACCACAGAGGCCAUUCCAGUCUCUGUUUAUGCCAAUGUUCUUACUCCAGACAAAAUCCCUGAUUUCUUCAUUCCCCCAAAACUUAUUUGCUGCCCACCAGAUGAUUCACUUGCCCCUGAACCCCAGCCCUGCUCCACCUUGCGACCCUCCUCUUCUGACCAUGCAAUUUGUAGCCAGAGCCCCAGAGCUCGCAACAGCAAGAACCCCUGCAGCCCUCGGCUCUUUUCCCGCCUAGGAGGAGACUCCCGCAACCUCCAGAAGUCAGCCAACCGCCACAUUAUCCAGAUAGAGAGCGCUGAUGAGCCAGGCACUGCAUCAUCAGACAAGGUUAAUGUGGAUGUAAACACCAAUGCAGACCCCCAGUCACAAACCGCCAUGUCUCUGCCAUAUGUCCCCAAGGCCCAGACCUCCUAUGGCUUCUCCACUCUGAUGGAGUCUCCGCAUACCCGCCGAAAAGAGAGCCUGUUCCACAGUGACCCCAACAGCCCUCUUACCUCCCCUAACUCCCAGAGGCGCUCCCAAGGGGGGACUCUCCUGGCCCCUGCAGACCCGAACCCCUACCGUUAUUUCAGUGGUGGAGAGAGUGACACCUGUUCCUCUGCAGAGUCAUCUCCUUUUAACUCUCCACUCCUGUCCCGCUCUGCCUCCCUGCUACGCUCCAUUACCCAGGAGACACAAGCCAAGAUGUCUCGUGCAAAGCGUUCUCUAGCGCGUCACAGUUCUCUCUCCACUGAUGAAUGCAGCUCCGCCGACAACAGCCCCAACAUGCAACGUCGUCGCAUGCGCUGCCCUCGCUCUCCUGCCUUCCGUGGAUGUAAAAGCAGUGGCUUAAGGGGCGCAGCGUCAGACCUCCAGCAGCGUGAACACACUAUCAUCCUCCACAAGGGGGGGACUCUGAGGCUGAGCACUCACUACGAUGCAGAGGCAGCUCGGCUGAGAGUGCGUGUGCUUGCAGCUGAGGCCCUUUAUGACAGACAGACAGACCUUAAAAGCAUCAACUGCUGUGUAGCACUUUACCUAAACCCUGGCAAGCAGCAGAAACAGAGAAGCACCAUCAUCAAGAACAGCAGGAAUCCAGUAUUCAAUGAGGACUUUUUCUUCGAUGCAUUACCACAGGCACAAGUUAAGAAUCUGGCAAUGAAGAUAAAGGUAGUGAACAAAGGAACCAGUCUGAAGAGGGAUGUACUUCUUGGAGAGAAAGAGAUCCUGCUCAGUGAGCUUCUUGCAAGCCACUAGGGAAUAUCUGUCAAAACUUGGGUGAAAACACACAGCUCCACAUCUUGAAGGUUUCUUUGCUGGCUGCCUUUUUAUUCCACCUCACAGAUCUAAUACUGUGCAGCUGAUGGCACAAGGAGCCGGGUCAUCAUACCGUCUAAUGUUAAUUGAUGGACAGUACAAUAUAAAGUCUGAUUUCACAAAGUCUCCAUUUAAUAGUUUGGUUUACAGAGGUCUGUACAGUCAUAUAUUCUUAUGAGUAAACGGUGGAAUGGUCAUUUUUGUUUGAGUAUUUUUCUAUGUAUUGACUCUCAAAAGUGUUGCCUUCUCUAAUGAGCUUUGUUAUGUGGCUCAAUAUAUCAACUGUGAUACAAUGGGUGAUGAUCUCGUUUAAGUGGAAGCUGUAUCUAUGUAAUAAAGCGAUAUUCCAUGUGCAUUUUUGCAUGUUUAUUUAAUAGCCAAAAUUCCUGAGGCCUCCGUGUACUUGAAGAAAUUUAUAUUUGGGAAAUUAGUUUUUAAUAGCCUGUAGAUUUAGUGUCAGUGUGAAUGUUGUUAUGUGACAUGGCUCUAAACUUCUAAAUAAAAAACACUAAACACC